AUGAACAUGAAACAGGUGGAAAAAAGCUGGUUCUCAUGGUUGCUGGCUAGUCUAAUGGUGGUGAUGAUGUUCCUAUCCAUGGCAAAGCCAGUGACAUCACAGUCUACCGAUAGAAAUAGCACUAUGCUGUUGUUGAACCGUGUACACUAUGCUGUUGCACGAACUUUGAUCAAUGGAGAGGCAGUUUGGGGCCUUGCCUCAUGCCGGGGAUAUGUCUCAACCACCAAUUGUGUUGCUUGUUUUGACCAUGCUGUCGUUCUGCUGAGAGCUUGUGGGCGUGGCAGUGGAGCUCAUGCUUUUUACAAUGACUGCGAUCUCAGGUACGAGAAUUAUAACUUCUAUGCGGAUGCCAACAAUCCGGGUGGUAUUGAAAUAUGUGGUAAUACAAAAUCGCCUCAGCAAACAGAGUUCAAAAAAACGGUAGAAGGAUUGAUAUCAGACCUUCGAACAGCAACACCAAGAACAUCAGAUUUUUAUGCAGUUUCCACAAGGGCUUUACCUGAUCGUUCUGGAACAGUUUACGGGAUUGCCCAAUGCAAUCUAAACUUAAGCCAAAGUGUUUGUGAAGAUUGUUUGAAUUCAAGAUAUAGUUCUUUAGAUGAUUGUCUUCCUAGCACUAAUGGGUGGGCUUUUAACAACGGUUGUUUUAUGAGGUACUCCAACACUCCGUUUUUUGGGCUAAACCAGACGACUAAUAUUACACCUCUUCUUUGGGAUGGAAAUUCAAACAAGAAGAGAUCCAUAAUUGGGGGAGUCUUUGGAGGUGUAUGCUUUCUGUUGCUUGUAAUUGCAUUUGUCGUACGGCGUCUCAGAUCAAAAAAGACUAGUGGUCUCCAACAAGAUAAAUCAACUGGAUCAACUGAGUUGCUGCAAGGUCCAGCAAGAUAUAGCUACAAUGAUUUAAAAGUAGCCACUGAAAACUUUAGUGACGAGUGCAAAAUUGGAGGUGGUGUGUUUGGUGAAGUAUAUAAGGGCAUUCUAAAAGAUGGGGGAUUUGUUGCAAUUAAAAAAACAGUUAUGUCCUCCACUAGAGGAAAAAUACACUUCAAUGAUCAACUUAAGAUCAUUAGCAAUGUUCAUCACCGGCAUCUUAUUCGUCUUCUUGGAUAUUGUAGCAAAGGGCCUCUCUUAUUUCUUGUCCACGAGUUCAUGAACAACGGUAGUCUUGAUCAAUUCCUUUAUGGUGACAAAUCAAGGAACCUAAGUUGGAGACAGAGGCUCCUACCAGAAGACAAGACUCAUCUUAGCACCAAACUGGCAGCGUCCUUGGAUAGUGGUUAUGUAGCACCAGAAUAUGCUAUUCAUGGGCAAUUGUCUGAGAAAGUGGAUACAUACAGCUUUGGUAUUGUGGUCCUUGAAAUCAUUAGUGGCAAGAGGUGCCACGAUGUCAUAGAUGAUAAAUCAGUUAAUCAAAGCCUCCUUGAUCAUGCUUGGAAUCUAUACGAGAGUGGCACGCAUGUGAAUCUAAUUGACAACAGACUAGAUGCUAGUGAAUAUGCAGCAGAAGAUGUAAUGAAGAUCAUAGAGAUAGCAUUGAUGUGCACUCAGUCACAGGUUUCUGCAAGGCCUGCAAUGUCUGAAGUGGUUACGCUUCUAAGUGACAAAUCUCUAGAUGAAAUACCACCAAUAAGAUCUACGUUUCACGAAAAUGAUAUAAAGAUUCCAAUUGAUACCUCGAUAUCAUUGUCCUCUAAUGCCGCUGCCUCCACUGUUCAAGUUUCUGGCCGUUAAAACCUCAUUUUAUACACCAUUACUGGUUUUAAAUUCUAUAAAUAUAUAGAAUAAUAUAAGGGUUUU